AAAAAAAAAAUUGGUGCGAAAUUUGAAUCUCCUUCCCCUUUCCCGCAAAAUCCUCCAAAACUUUCCCGGAAAAUCCUCCAAAACUUUCUCGGAAAAUCCUCCUCCUCAUGACUUCGUCAUCGGAAUCACUUCCACUCUUUACUCUUCACAGUUCCUAUCACUCCGAUCCCCUCUUUGACCAAUCCACACAGUUCAUUCCAAUUCCUCAUGGCGAAUUCCACACCCAACAUCACGGCGGCGCUGGAGCGCGAGAACGCGGAGAAGGAUGACCAGAUCAAGACCCUCAAGGCGGAGAUCGAGCGGUUACGUGACGGCGAGGCGGAGCUGAGGAACCUCGCGGAGGAGAGAGAGACGAGGAUUGAGGAUCUGGAGAGAGAAGUGAAGGAGCUGAGGCAGGGGAACACGGAGAAGGAGAUGAAGGUGAGGGAACUGGAGCGGAUGUUAGGGGUAGUUCAAAUGACGGAGGUGGAGGAGCGGAGCAAGAGGGUUAGGGCGGAGGAGGAGAUGAGGGAAAAAGUUGAUGAGAAAGAUAGGGAAAUUGAAGGGUUCUUGCAGGAGAUUCAGGAAUUUGAGGAGAAAAUUAGGGUUUUGGAAUUGAGGAUCAGGAGCAUGAAGAUGAAGGAGAGUGAGAAUUUGCAGUGGCCGGUGGUGGUUGCAGGAUCUUCCGGGGCUAUUGUUGCGGUGGCGGCUUUGAUCCAUUUCUGGUUUAGGAAAAGGAGGUAGUUAAGCUUGGUAUGUAGCUUCUUCACUUUUCAAUGGAAAGAUUAAAACUCUGAAGUUAGGGUUCUUCAAUUAAUCAAUUUUGGAAGUCAUUGAGUUUAGGCUGUUUAGCUUUGUUUUCAAUUUGGGGAAUUUUGAUUCAUGCCAUGUUUUGUUGUUGGUUUCUAUUCUAGUUUCUUGAGAUGAUUACACCAUUUUCUGGUACUGGGUUUUUGUUAUGCUGAUCAAGAGUCUAACUAGUUUCUUUAUUUCUGAGGUUGAAUUAUGAAAAUGAUGAGUUUUUGUUAUGCUUUUUUCUUAGACUCCACUAAAUAAUGGCAAAAAUUAUCCGUUCACAGUUGAUAGUCUUAAGCAUUUAGUCCAGGGUUCGAUCUCUGAGCGUGUGUAUGUAGAAAGAUUUGUUGGAUGAGACUUA